GACGUUUAAAAGUAAGGUUAAAUUUGGAAAAUGGUAGACGAAGGUACACGUAAGGCUUUAAGCAAUAUCCCUCUUUUAAAAACAAAAGCGGGCCCCAGAGAUAAGGAACUAUGGGUAGAAAGACUUAAGGAAGAAUACCAAUCCCUUAUACAGUAUGUACAAACUAAUAAAGCAGCAGAUAAUGACUGGUUUCGGUUAGAGUCAAACAAAGAAGGCACAAAGUGGUUUGGGAAAUGUUGGUUCAUACAUGAAUUAUUAAAAUACGAGUUUGAUGUAGAAUUUGAUAUUCCUGUAACGUAUCCAACAACAGCUCCUGAGAUUGCUUUACCUGAACUAGAUGGUAAAACAGCAAAAAUGUAUCGUGGAGGCAAAAUAUGCUUAAGUGACCAUUUUAAACCUUUAUGGGCAAGGAACGUGCCUAAAUUUGGAAUUGGGCAUGCCAUGGCAUUGGGACUUGGUCCUUGGCUGGCAGUGGAAAUUCCUGAUCUUAUUGCAAAAGGAGUAAUACAUUAUAAAGAAAAAGAAGACACCAAAACAUAAAAAGAAAUAAAUAAUAUAUUUAAUAUUAAAUUUGCUUAAUUAAUUUUUAUUUUGUACAUUUUAUUCCA